ACUACACUUCCACUGGCGUACAUUUACACCGAGAAGUUGUUUGUUUUCCGUCUUGACAGAUCACUUCAACACAUUUCGACCCGAAAUCCCGACUGCAAUCGCAGGAAGCAGAAGACUUAGCGUCAAGUUUCGGGAUCGCUCAAAAGGGACUCUGCAGCACGGCGAGUAAAAGGAUUUAACAAGCAGAAAGAUCUCCCCGUCAUCUUGAGUACGAUGGCCAACACGGUUGGCACAACAGCUUUGUGUGGAGAUCUCAAGGCCUUUCUGAACCAAAACAUUCCUAAAGGCAACAUUUCCCUGGUAACGCCGUGCAGCUACAGCCCAGCCACCAAGAUCACACUAGGAACGGUUAAUUCAAAUGUAGGAGCCCAAAUGAUUUUAAGCACACCACAGAGAGUGUCACACCCUGGAGGUAUCCUCAUCGGCAGCCCGUUUACACCACACACAACACCGGUUGCCAUGGUUACUCAAGCACACCCUCCCGAGGGCGACGAGUGGACCCCAGGAAACAAAAAAAGAACACAUGACUACGUAGAUUCAUAUUACUCAGACAGGGAUGGCCUGUGUUCGAGUGACUCAACAUCCAGUAAGAGAAUAAAGAGGGCAGAUAAGAAUGGUAAAGGACUGAGGCACUUCUCCAUGAAGGUGUGUGAGAAGGUACAAAAGAAAGGCACCACAUCCUACAACGAGGUGGCCGAUGAGCUGGUGGCCGAUUUCACCCAUGCAAGCAGCCUGAUGCCUGCCGACUCGCAGGUGUACGACCAGAAGAACAUCCGCCGGCGUGUGUACGACGCGCUCAAUGUGUUGAUGGCCAUGAACAUCAUCUCCAAAGAGAAGAAGGAGAUUCGCUGGAUCGGCCUCCCCACAAACUCAGCUCAAGAGUGCCGAAAUCUGGAGCUUGAAAAACUGAAGAGUUUAGAAAGAAUCCGACAGAAAAGAGCCCAGCUAGAAGAGCUGAUAUUACAGCAGAUCGCGUUUAAGAAUCUGGUACAGAGGAACCAGGCCAAUGAAGCAUCGUCCCGUUCAACGCCCCCUGCAGGAUCCUUUAUCCAACUUCCCUUCAUCGUUCUUAAUACAGACGUCCGCACUGUCAUCGACUGCUCCAUCUCUAGUGAUAAGUGCGAAUAUCUCUUUAACUUUGACAACACAUUUGAGAUCCAUGAUGACGUUGAGAUCCUGAAGCGAAUGGGCAUGUCUUUGGGGCUUGAGAACGGCACAUGCUCCUUGGAGAACCUCAUCAUGGUCAAAUCUCUAGUUCCCAAGUCCCUGGAAACUUAUGUCACCAGCAUGGCAAGAGACACCAACAGAACACCUCUCAGUCUCAGAAGUCACAGCAGCACUGCCCCGUCACACACCUCAGAGUCCCGUGAUCAAACACCCAGCUCCUUUAACGAGGAAGAGGAGGACGAUGAUGAUGAUGAAGAUGAUGACAAUCCCUCAUCCCCAGAGUGAAGCUCAGCUCUACAGGACAUCGACCCUCUCUCUCUACGCUGGGACAGGAUUCCCGAGCAGUGCUGGGGAGGAACGCUACACAGGAAAUAAGCUGCCCCUUCUCGCUAUAUUAUGAUAUUUUAAAUUCCCUCACGAUCUCUCUCACUCUUCCUCUUUCCCAGUUUGCCACUAUUUUUGUGGAGUUUUUGCCUCUGGGAGAGACAUUUUGCUUUAUUUCUGUGGUGCUUUUCCAUGAUAUCAGGCUAGCGAGCCGCGGAUCGGGCUGUAGAGGAGAGCAAAUAAGUGAAGGUUUGCAGAUGUUUCAUGAAAGAUCCUUAGUUAAACUGUCUCACGUCAUCUCCGCGUGCUUACUUUCUCUGCUUCCUUUCCAGAGGACUUUCAAAUUCUUUCCGAAAAUCUAUUUAUUUCGGUCAUAUUUGAAUAUGACGAUAUCAGCGUAGUCCAGUGUGCUAGGGCUGCUUUAUUUUAUUCUCUCUGGGGAUCGGAAAGCUUUCUCCUGCUCUUACCUGUUCCUAGGAAUUUACAUCCUUGCAUAAAAAAAUGGAAAAUGUUCUUUUUUUUAGAGAUUGCUUCAAUGUCAUUUUGUUGUAUUGCAUAGUUUAUUUCUUGAAAUUUACUGCAAUAGUUGAAGAGAAGUGAAAUAUUGAUAGUCGACAUCUGCUGUUCUGUGUUGAGAUGGAUUAGAGCAUGUUGUGUCAAGCUGUUUAAAUGUUAUGUUGGGAGAUGUAGUCUUCAUGUGUGUGUGAUUAAAAAAAUCUUGUUACAGCUCAGUGUGGCCAAAAAAAAAAAAAAAAACGCCUUGAUCCGCUCAGGUCAGCAUUUUAAACAGACUCAACCCUACAGGAUAACUUAUAUGACUUUUGGUUUGCAAAUGUAACUGUAUGUACUGUACAUGUAUACAUAUAUAAACAUAUAAUUUUGGUUAUCUGUGGUGUGGUCUGAUCUACCUAAUUAUUUUUAAAGGUAUUUAAAGCAGAAGUAUACUAGCUGUAAAAUGCUGCAUAUUGGUUUACACAUUUUAAAAUACCAAAAAAUAAUUGUGUAAUUAUUUUAUUAGUUGUACAAGUACCUGUAAGUGAUGGAUAAAUUAUUCUUUCUGGAUUUGGUGAGGAGUGUAUACAUUAAUGAAUUUGGAACUUUUGUUCAGACAAAAUUAACAUAUUCUAUGGAGCAAAAAGAAGAGUCCACACUUACCUCAUCAUCACUAUAAAGAUAAGAGAUUUUAAUCAUAAUAAAGAAUAAUAUUUAAAGAUGUAUUUUUUUUAUUUUAUUUCUUUUGGGAUUUUUCCCCUUUUUCUCCCAAUUUGGAAUGCCCAGUUCCCAAUGUGCUUUUAAGUCCUCGUGGUCGCGUAGUGAUUCGCCUCAGUCCGGGUGGCGGAGGAUGAAUCCCAGUUGCCUCCGCCUCUGAGACCGUCAGCCCACGCAUCAUAUCACGUGGCUUGUUGAGCGCGUUGCCACGGAGACAUAGCGCGUGUGGAGGCUUCAUGCCAUCCACCGCGGCAACGACGGCCAACUCACCACGCGCCCCACCGAGAACGAACCACAUUAUAGCGACCACGAGGAGUUUACCCCAUAUGACUCUACCCUCCCUAGCAAACGGGCCAAUUUGGUUGCUUAGGAGACCUGGCUGGAGUCACUCAGUCCUGGGAUUCGAUCUAGCGAACUAGCGAACUCCAGGGGUGGUAGCCAGCGUAUUUUAAAGAUGUAUUUUAAUGUUUUAUUCAAUAUGAGUUUGUAGGAGUUUGAAGUGUGUAAAUGUAUAUUCUCAAAAGCAAUAUGAAUUGAAUUAGAGGAAAAAUUAAUUCUCCUUAAUUUUUUUUUUUCAUUGUGGUCCAAAGUUCCCAUAUGGGAUUGUUAUUUAUUAUUAUUAUUAUUAUUAUUGUGGCUAGGGCUAUGUUACGUCAAAAAAAACAAACAAAAAAAAAAGGCACACAUUUUCCAUUAGAACAAACUAUGUGGACCAUAGAGCGUUAAAGUGUGAUUAGACCUGAUUAAGACACAGUCUAGAAACAACAUGAAUCGAAGGAUUCAUGCAUCUUUAGAACUUACGUUUUGUGAUUUGGGGGAUUACAAAUAAUGGCAUGAAUAAUAAUAAAGAACAUUAUUUUUAA